ACACAUCUGGUAGAUUGAGGCAUAAGUAUCACUGGAUCAACCUCAGAGCAGAGCUGUACAGGUUUUCACCUACUUUCCUGCUGUUCUCCUGACAGAGUACAUCUAACUUUGGGCUGUUUAUCUUCCUGAACAACACCCUGGAGAUUCAGCCGCACGACUCCGAGCAGUAGGUCAAACUUCAACCUGCCAAUCAUCACAGACCGGCAGCAGCUUCUCACCGCAAGACGGACCACUGUGUCCAUCACUUCAACGCAGGAUGCCACUAGGAGGAGGAAACAAGUGCGGCUGCUGUUCGAAGACAGUUUACUUCGCUGAGGAAGUGCUGUGUGGGGGGCGGAGCUACCACAAGUCCUGCUUCCUGUGCAGAGUGUGUGGGAAAAGCCUGGAUAGUACAACUGUGGCUGUCCACGAUGAGGAAGUCUACUGCAAGGCAUGUUACGGCAAGAAGUACGGUCCGAAGGGUUACGGGUACGGGCAGGGAGCCGGGACGCUCAACAUGGACAAGGGGGAGCACCUGGGCAUCAAACACGAAGAACCUGCUCCUCACCGCCCCACCACAAACCCCAACCCCUCCAAGCUCGCGUAUAAGUUUGGAGGCUCGGAGAAGUGUCCUCGGUGCAGAAAGGCCGUCUACGCUGCUGAGAAAGUCAUCGGAGCUGGGAGUUCAUGGCAUAAGAUUGGAUGCUUCACCUGCGCCACAUGUGGGAAGAGCCUGGAGUCGACCACAUUAGCUGACAAGGACGGAGAAAUCUACUGCAAAAGCUGCUACGGGAAGAACUUCGGUCCGAAGGGGUUUGGUUUCGGCCUGGGCGCGGGAACGCUCUCACACACACAGUGAAGGCCGUCUGCUCUGCACGUGCUCAGCCGGCUGCAGUUCUGCCUCCGUCCGGCAGAGGGCGCUGCUGCAGCAGGGAACCCCACCCGGCUGACACGCUUCAUAGAAAACUGCUAUCCAAAUGUGCACAAAAGACAAAAAAAAUCACAAAAAAAUCCAUUUGCAAUCAGAUGUUUCAUGGGAUGCUGAUGCAAUACAGAAAUAUCAUCUACCUGUUCAAAUCUGUGUCCGUGUUCUGCAUCUGAUUUAAAUUAUUAUUUUUUUUAUUAUCCUUUUGUGUUAAUUGUCUUUGUAAAUGCAGUGAAAGCACCUUCUUUGUGGCGCACUUUGCAAACAGACUGAUAAUAAAUAAAUUAGAAAGAUGA